AUGUAUGUCACUGUCAAGGUACCAACAAGCCUCAUCUCUGACAAGGAUCUGGAAAGCAUAACUGAAAUGAGUGAUUCCAAUUACAUGCCCUCUAAAGUGCAGAUACAAGACAUAACUACAGAGCUACGCUGCCCACUAUGUAGUAAUUGGUUCCAUGAUCCACUGAUGCUAAAUUGUGGUCACAACUUCUGCCAGGCCUGCAUCCAAGAUUUUUGGAAGCAGCAAACAAGGGAUACAUUUUGCCCUGAGUGUAAAAUGGCAUGUCCGUAUAGCAGCUGUACCUUCAACCUUGUACUAGAGAAGCUGGUAGAGAAGAUCAAGAAGCUACCUUUACUCAAGGGCUGUCCACAAUGCCCAGAACAUGGAGAGAGCCUGAAACUGUUCAGUAAACCAGAUGGGAAACUGAUUUGCUUUCAAUGUAAAGAUGUUCGGCUGUCUGUGGGGCAGUCUAAAGAUUUCCUGCAGAUCUCUGAUGCUGUCCAGUACUUCACGGAGGAGCUUGCCAUUCUUCAGGAUCAACUGGAGGAAAACUUCAAAGAGCUUCAGUCUCUGAGAAACAAGCAGAAAGAUGUUAUUGUUGCUUUCAAGGAAAACAAGAAGCAACUGCAGCAACACAUCUCCUCGGAGUUUCUAAAGCUGCAUCAGUUCCUGCACAGCAGAGAAAAAGACCUUCUAAAUGAUCUCCAAGACGAGGGGAAAGCCUUGAAUGAAGAGAUGGAGUUGAAUUUGAACCAGCUUCAGGAACAGUGUGUACUAGCUAAGGAGAUGUUGAUGAGUAUCCAGACACGGAUGGAACAGCAGAACUCCUUUGACUUUCUCAAAGACAUUGCAUCUCUUCUGGAUAGAUUGGAGCAAGGAAUGAAAGUUCUGACAUCCAGAGAGCUUAUCUCCAAGAAGCUGAACCCAGGACUGUUCAAGGGUCCCAUCCAGUAUAUGAUAUGGAAGGAAAUGCAGUCUAUCCUGUCUCCAGGCCUAUCUGCAUUAACUCUGGACCCUAAAACAGCUCACCCAAAUCUAGUGCUGUCCAAAAACCGAACCAGUGUGUGGCACGAUGACAUUAAGCGGGUAAUGCCUGACGAUCCUGAGAGGUUUGAUUCAAGUGUGGCUGUGCUGGGUUCAAAAGGAUUCACAUCUGGAAAGUGGUAUUGGGAAGUAGAAGUAGCAAAGAAAACAAAAUGGACAAUUGGAGUUGUCAGAGAAUCCAUCAUUCGGAAGGGCAGCUGCCCUCUAACUCCUGAGCAAGGAUUCUGGCUUUUAAGACUAAGAAAUCAAAAUGACCUAAAGGCUCUAGAUUUGCCUUCUUGCAUUCUGAAUCUGACUAACAAUCUUGACAAAGUGGGCAUAUAUUUGGAUUAUGAAGGAGGGCAGGUAUCUUUCUACGAUGCUAAAACCAUGGCCCACAUUUACACCUUCAAUAGCACUUUUACGGAGAAACUUUAUCCCUAUUUCUGCCCAUGCCUUAACGAUGGUGGAGAGAAUAAAGAACCAUUGCAUCUCUCACAACCGCAGUAG